CCACCACCGGUCUUGAAAACAUUUCUCAACUUCAUUCAAUCCCAUUCUUCUCUCACUAAUCUCCUGUGAUCGCUAUGUUUCACUUCCAGACAACGACACAAUUUCCAUCACCCUCUUCCACAUAAAUCUCCCCAAAUAUGCACAAUAUUUGCAGUUGUAUGUCGAAGAAGAAAAAGAUGACCGAACACGUAAUUCAACCAACAGUUAAAUCUCCAAAUACCACAUCUCAUACCUCAUCAUCAAGAACAACCACAACUUCUAGAUCCAAUCAAUUUCACCCUGAAUUAUCAUCCGUAUCAUCAUCGGUACCGGCAUCCGUUUCAACUAACGGCAACAGUUACAACAAGGACUCAUGGAAAUCAUCGGUUUCAAGCCAUAGCUCACUCUCCAGUCUCCGUGAUUUCCUACCGGAAAACCCUCACGUUUACCAUUUCAAAGAGAUCUUCACCGCCACAAACGGUUUUCUAUCAUCAAAAUACUCAUCAUCGUCAUCCUCCGCCGCCUGGCGCUGCGUCAUCCGCGGCGAUGACGUCAUCGUCUUCCAACGGAAAUUCAGGCGUCUGAUUGAUGAACAAGAGCUUCUUCAACGACUUCUCGUGAUAUGUAAAAGUCAUCACUCGAGUUUGAUUAAGCUUCGAGGAGCUUCGAUGUCUGGUAGUUACAUAUAUCUGGUUUAUGAUUAUGUUAACGGUGUUAGUCUCUCUAAUUGCUUGAAGAACAAUAGAAACCCUAGCUUUACGGUACUUUCCGAUUGGAUGUCUCGGAUUCAGAUAGCUGCUGAUCUUGCUCACGGUGUGGAUUACAUUCAUAAUUCAACAGGUUUACAGAAGAAAUUUAUUCAUAAUCAUAUUAAAAGCAGUAGCGUGAUUGUUACGCAAUCGUCAUCGUUGAAUGCGAAGAUAUGCCAUUUUGGUACCGCGGAGCUUUGCGGUGAAACGGAUUAUGGAUCCGAACCGGAUUCGGUUAAAUCGGAUUCGAAGUUUGUGAAAUUCGAAGGUACUCGAGGCUACAUGUCGCCGGAAUUCCAAUCUAGUGGAAUUGCGACGCAGAAAUCGGAUGUGUACGCCUUCGGAGUUGUGGUUUUGGAGAUUUUGUCCGGUGAAGAGCCGUUGAAGUACCGGAAGGAGAAUGAGAGUGGAGAUUAUGUGAGAGUUUCGUUGAUUGAAACGGCGAGAGAGGCGGUGGAGAGCGGAGGAGUGCGGCGGUGGAUGGAUAGGCGGUUGAAAGAUUCGUUUCCGGAGGAGGUGGCGAUGAAGAUGGUACAAUUAGGGUUGGUGUGUGUUGAGGAGGAUCCGGAGAAGAGACCCGAUAUAAGUUGGGUUACGGGUCGAAUUUCAAAGCUGUAUUUGGAGUCGCAGAGAUGGAUGGAGAAAAUGGGGCCAUUUCCGUCGGAUUUCUCCGUUUCGAUGGCCCCUCGAUGAAUAUAGCGAUGUUCACGAGCUGAACUAAAUUGAACGGAUCUUUGCUUGUGUCUGGCUCGUUUUCUAACUGAACCGAGAUAAAAUCUUUGCUUGUGCCUGGCUAAGCAGGCAAAAUUCGAAUAAGCAUUUUCUGAGCGAGGUCAAACCACCAUCGAUGAUUAGACUGAAGUUUUCGUACAUGCUGUCGAGACCCCUUGUUUAUUGACGAAUGUUAUAACCAACCCUAUGUUUUGUGUCACCACAAAACUUAAAUGAUUUAAUCCAUUUUUUUAGUUAAGAAGAAUAUUCUUUAUUAGUGGAAUUGAUUUUUUUUUUUUUAAUUUGCCAUAUAUGAAAAUAAAAUGAUUGUAUUCGUUUGUAA